UACUCGACCUCCGAGGAGGUACAUAACUUGUUCCUUUUAUCUGUAUAUUUUUGUCCACUGUGUAUAUAACCACUAAGCUCGAAGUAGGAUAUAGAGGGCCUCCCUGAAGUGCGUGAAACAGGUUACGCUCGCCAUAGGGGGGCACCACCGGAAGAACUAGAGACCCGAAAAUCGUGAUCCCGCAGUUGGUCUUGAAAGAAUGCAAUAUGAGGACGUAUCGUAGUGGCACGUAGGAGAUCAAGUUGUUCAGUAGUGAUUCCGCUUAUACCGAUACCUGUUAUCGGUAAUGUUAACAAUUGAUAAAUUUCACACAGUGACGAAUACGCGUAUCGUUGAGGGGCACCUAAGCCUAUAUACGGGAAUAUACGUGACAGCAAGACGACAGUGGCAAUUACAUAUCCGUGGCUUCGGUGCGUACGUACAGAUCUACUAAAGCAUUACGAUCGGCAAGAAAAGUGCGUGUACGUGAGUGAAUAGAGUGCCUCAACCCUGAUCCCCGCGCCCUUUCUAAAUCAUUGACAGUAGCCGUCGUGAUUUCCUUGCGAACGAUUUGACCGAUGACGUGCCCUGGACCAGUGGACGAGGAUACAAAAGUGUUGCAUGCUGCGUGUUAGGGCGAGAAACAAGUCGCAUUAUUGUCACAUUUCAACCUUCGAGGUGGGCUGCACCGACGAGACUGUGGACGUCCCUAGAUUGGCGUACAUCAGUGGAAUAUUAACACCCGAGUGCCGUAGGGUCACUGGUGACCGGCGCCGUAAAUUAGAUGCAGUUGAAUAAUUAAAAGAAAACAGUGGAAAAAUAUUAUUUUGAACAGCACUAAUAAUGCAAGAUGAAAAUUGAAACUUCCCAGGAUAUGACGUAAUUAUUAUCGUGGCACUAAACGUACGAGAAAACGGCACAAUGAAGAAGAAUCUCGCGCCGUAGUCGCAACCUGCGAUGUUAGUCACACAGACACCCUCCUCGACGGACACUCUGCCGAAUAUGUUGUCGGUACUCGAGGAGGAGGCGAACGUCGACAUCGAUGAUGCAUUCCCGCCGCACGUCGACACGACGAACAUCGUCAUACAGCCCGAGUCACCCACCAGCAAGAAGCAAGCGUUGAAGACCUUCAACGAGGUUAAUGCGCUACUCCAGGCUGGCAGAAAGAGGGAGGCUAAGCUGAUCAUAAGGGAGAAUGCGUGGCCAUUGAACAACGGGAUCAGGGCGCAACUUUGGCCAGCUCUUUGCAAUCAGCAUGCACAUGGCAAGAACAUGCUAGAUGGUUUCUAUUGGGAUAUGGUCAACCAAGUGUUUGGAACCACAGAGCUGCCGGAAAAAUCAAUCAUGCUACCACCGUUCGUGGAUAGUACUCAUUGCCUGUCGUAUCACCUGACGAGAAAAGGCAGGAGCGUCGCGGACAGGGUUGUCUCUGUGCUUGGAUACGCUUGUCCCGACAUCACCUACAGCCCUUCUCUUUAUCCCAUCACCGCUCUUCUUCUUCACUUCAUGCCAGAGGAGGAAUGUUAUCAUUGCAUGGCCAGCUUGGUCGCCGCUAAAGACAAGAAGUUCAUUACGCAAACCAAGCUCCUCUACGAGGUCACCUGGAAGACUGUAGAACAGAUCACCAAGAAGCACGUGAAAUCAGCUGCAGUGCAUCUAGCAAGGCAUUGCUCUGGAUCCAGAGCUGAAAGGAUUUACAUGGAUUGGAUUUGGUGGAUCCUACAGCUUCUCCCUUUCCAGCAUCUAGUCAGGGUUAUGGAUUGUUUUCUUCACGAAGGCAUCAAGGUCUUCUAUCGAGUAGCAAUGGCUAUAGUUUUAUUAUUCUACAAGCACUCGUCGUUGCAAAACUCCGAGUGGAUGAAUGAAAUUUCCAAGAACGGUAUCGAUGCCGCUCUCUCGAAAUUCUGUAGGCAGAUACCGGUAACACCAGCUAAAUUUUUGCGAACCGCGUUUGGAAUACGUGGUCUCAGCUCAGCGUACAUAUCAAGGGUAUUUUUGCGCACAGAAAUGGCUCUUAAGAGUAGAAGCGUUUUAACAGGAUCCAGAUCACUGGCUAGAUCACGAUCCACGGACAAUCUACCCACGAGUCAAUCUCAAGUCAACAUUCAGAUGAUGUCGCACACGCUCACCAUACGAGAAAAAGAGUGUGAAGACACAUACAAAGACAGGGGUGCACACAGUCCUGGACCGCGUGCUCUGUCAAUGGGCGUUUAUCCCAUACAAAGUAUAUGCUCCCAGAUUCUAGACAUACCUGAUUUAUUCACAUUAUGGUCCUGGUUACCUAUGAGGAUCACCAUGUAUCAACCAAUUCUGUUGUACACUACUGAAGAACAUGGUUGUUCUUUAACAACAUUUUACGUGAGGGUAGAGCAACACGAACCAACAUUGCUGAUGAUUAAGACUUGUAAUAAUGAAGUAUUUGGUGCUUAUUGCUCCACGAGAUGGUGCGAACGUAAUUUAAAAAACGAUAAAGGACAAAGACAAGCUUACUUUGGAACAGGUGAAACGUUCCUCUUUAGUUUGUAUCCUGAACGAGCAAAAUACCCUUGGGUAGGCAUGGAUUCCUCGCACAAUGAUUCGAAAGUUCAUCAUUCAGCUGAGCUAUUCAUGGCGGCAGAUUCUAAAAUGAUAACAAUUGGUGGAGGAGAUGGACAAGCGAUCUGGAUGGAUGAAAAUAUAAGAUUCGGUAAGACCGAUCGGUGUUCCACGUUUAAUAAUCCACCUCUUUGUGCUAGUGGCGACUUUGAGAUUAGAGUACUAGAAGUGUAUGGCUUUGCCGGUGCUUGAGAAGAAGACAGAAUCGGGAUACUACAACGUAUCACUUUAUUUAAUUCCCUACUGCCAUUUAGCAACUCUCUUCUAUAUUAUGCAGAGUUGUAUACGUAUACAAAAGUAUCUUCGUAUCAUAAAUGUGCAAAAUUAUCGCGCUGUUCGCAACACGAUGUCUACAGUUCUUCAGUUCUGUCUACAUUGAGUCUGCAGACGAUGAAGUCGUGGAUAGAUUCAAUGUUUCUGCUAAUUUUUCGAAUUAAUCAGUACUUCCGCUCCGAACGAAUAUGUCUCUAGCUUCACUUUUUCUCAACAAAGGGGUAAAGUGUCUCUGUACCUUGAUCCAUCUCUUGACUGUAAACUCUAUACUUCUGACAACUUUUCUAGUCUUUCGAUUCCUCUGGAAAUUAGCUUCAUUGCUCAUAAUAAAUUCAUACUUUAAUUUCAAGGAACGUCAGAACUGGUUCCUUAAAAGUAAUUCGGAUUUUUGUUCUUCUUUUCAUUGACAACUACUGGCAAACCUAUAACUUGUGUCUCAGGAAUUUCUUGGUAACAUAUAUUAAUACUUAUGUUUGCAAAUAGUCUAAACCACGGAAAAUGGUCGUGAUUAAGUAACGAGUGGUUUUUGACAAAAUUUGCUUGAAAAGCUGGAGAAAUACCAUUGCUAUGAAAGAUUCUAUAUCAUUCAGUGCUACGUAGAUUUAUUUUAUUACGGUUUUUGUUCGAUUAUAUAUGUCUCAACGUUUAUUGCAACAACCAGGCGAUUCUUGUGUUCAUUUUGUCAGCAAUUUACUUUGAGCAAUAUAUUAUAAUAUGACAUAUUGAACAUCGACAAUAACCAACGUUGAGUCAUCCUCUGUUAUAUUAUCAAUUUUGGUAUCUGCUAUGUACAUAUGUAAGAAAAUAUUGGUUAUUUACAUGAAUACUUAAUAUUCAUUGGACCAGAUGUAUCUCUGUAUAUACGUUCAUAGAUACAUGUAUCGCAGAUUUAUUUUCACCGAGUCUAUCAUUAAUUAUGAAUUUUUGACGUCAAUACUCUUAUACAUACAUGUGUUAAUGUCUUGCAAUGUUUAUUUACCUUAGUAUUGUUAUCGCCUAGUUUUAAUUAAUUGUUGAAUGGAGGUGCAAGAGAAUCGAAGGAAAGAGUACUAUUUAUAUGUUACAUAUUAUGCCUGUCACGCGUUAAUGUGUGUAUACAUACCAUAUACAUACGCGAUGUUAAUCUCAUUUAAGUUCUUGUAAAUAUUAUAAAUAGUACCCCCUAGUAGACAAGUGUAAUUAAUUUAUACGCAUUAGAAACGGAUACAUCGAGUAACAAGAUUGAUUGCGAAAAAAAGGCACCAAAAUGGGAAAAAAUGGCAGGGGGGCGAACGGUACUUUCAAACAACGACAUUUUUUAUUUUCUACUGAAGUUUAUGUUUAAACAAACGAAGUGGUAAUAGAGUGUUGCGAUGGUUGAAUCCUAUUUCUAAACCGCAUACGAGGAGCCAUAGUUUUCAUGUAGUAUUUUAAGAAUUUGUAUAUUUUAUAUAGCAUAUAGUAAAUUUAUGUCAAUAGUAGAGUAGGUACAGAUAAAGAUACAUGUACAGAGAAACAGUGCGGUUUUGCUUUCGAUAUAUAGAUAUACAUACAUAUAUUAUAUAUUUUGUCAUUUAAUGUGUUAAUUUUUGGUCGACACACUCUUCGGGCAUUCUGAGGAAGCGUAUUAGGCGUUAUUAUUGUUGUUAUUAUCCUUCGUCUCUCUUUGUGAUCAAAUCUGUAUCGCCACCGUAAAAUCGAUACACGAUUAACUCUUAGAGUACCUGCUUCUGUGUUUAGUUUCUCGUUGUUAUUUUUUUCUUUUUUUUCAUCUUUUUGAAAGGAAGGGGUUGAGCGUGCGUGAAGAACUAAAGGUGUCGAUGUAAUAGGAUUCUUUGGUUGUGAUGUAGAAGUGGCUGGCACCACUUUUGUCCGAGCGGCAAUGCGUAGUAAUUAUAAUGUUUCCGUAGAAAGAUCAACGUAUCUUUCACCCCCCGUCACGUUAUCGACUGCAGAGUUAUAAAACUCUUUAUAGCUGCGUGUUAAUGUCAUGAAAGUAAUAGGACACUUAAGAGAACAAAGCCUAAAAAAGAAUCGCUCUGUACACCGAUUAAGUCACUUCUUUCACUUUAACGUGCUAUAAAAUCUGUCAUCAUUUGUUCACGUUUCUCAUAUCGACUACAUCGUACAAUCGUUAGCGAUACAAACAUAUGAACAAACGACGUAACAAGGAACAAUCAAUUCUAGAUACGAUAUUAUCAAUUCUAAAUGUAACAAGUUCACAAUGUUGAAUUCUUUUAACUUCUUCUACGUGUGAGUUACAUAAACAACAAGUUUAAGUGAUAGCGAGAGAAAAUCGUAGACGAGUUAAAUUCGACAUUUUAUAAGUCUGUAAUAUUACACUAUGGAAAAGAAAAAGGGAACAUUACUGAUCUCACUGUUAAGCUAUCCUAUGACGGAGUAGCUGUUGAAUGUAUCUGUUUUACAUUAUCAUAAAUUUAUGUCAAAAACAGUGGAGUAAAGUUACCCAUUUUCUUAAACGCUAUCUUUUUAAAGAUAUCUAGUACAUACCCCGGAAAGAUUCAUUAUGAUUCAAUGUAUAUCGGCCAGGAAUAAGAAUUAUGAAACACAUUUACAAGGUGUAACAAGGAAAAUGAUGAAUGAUUGACAGAAUUUAACUUUUGUGGAGACAGUACGAGUAAAUGUGCAUUUUCUAUAACAUCAGAAUAGUUAAGGAAAAGGGAAAUCUGCGUGCAUUGAGAGUUCCAUACACUUUAAAUUAUUGCAUUAUUAAUUUAUAUUUAUAUGAAAUCAUCUGAGACAUUACCAUUUAAAUCAAAUUCUUUGCUUUGCACGCUGUUGUCAUUUUCUUAACUGUUCUAGAAUUCUUAGUGGAGAAUACUAUAUCACAGUGACUGCAAGCGUUGCUAGUAAGAACGAUUAUUUUUUCUUAACAUUAUAGUCGUGUGAUAUGAUCGAAUGAAUGAAUAUUUAUUUAUUGUAUAUCAGUGAUCGAGAGAAAGGUGAUUAUGUGCUGAAAAUGGAAAGUAUUAUUGUUUAAAGUUUUUAACGUAGCACAGCAUAAAGAUUCACGCGCUAGGAAGUAAUAUAUAUAUACAUAUAUAUUACAUAUAUACGUACAUGCAUACAUACAUAAAUACAUACAUAUAAUGAUAUGCCUAUAAACGAUGAAAAAAAGAAAAUAAACGUAAUUUGAAUGGAGUGUUUUCAAGCUUUCCGCAGUGUUGUUAUACUAUAUAUAAUAUAUACAUACAUUCAUAUAUAUACAUAUAUAUAAUGUAAGUUGUACCAUUUCCGAAAAGAAAUUGUUGCCUCUCGAUGCUAAUUUAUCAUAUCAUCGUUGUGAAUAGAAUAUUGUUAUACACAAAUUUAUUGUCCCGUUUAUUCCUUCUAUUUUAAGAAGGAUUUCUCAUUCUUUACUUUAAGGAUUUGACAUUCUUUAUUAUUAUAUAAAUAUAUUGCAUGUGACCCUAAAGAAACCCAUAUGUAAAACUAAAUUAUAAUGUAAAAUCUAUUUAAAAAUACCCUGAAACCCUUAAAGUUGACAUUAAUAAAAAAAA